GCAGCACUCAGCUGAUGGGAGGAGUGCUGCUUGCAGACAGGAGACAGGAUCCAUGGCAACAAUCAUGGCAGAGGCAGAGACUCGUCAGAGGCUGCUGCGCACCGUCAAGAAGGAGGUGAAGCAGAUUAUGGAGGAAGCCGUCACCAGGAAAUUUGUUCACGAAGACAGCAGCCAUAUUGUGUCCUUUUGUGCUGCAGUGGAGGCAUGUGUUCUGCACGGGCUGAAGCGGCGAGCAGCAGGUUUUCUGCGCAGCAACAAGAUAGCAGCACUCUUCAUGAAGGUGGGGAAGAUCUUCGGCCCAGCUGAGGAGCUGUGUAGGAAGGCACAGGAGCUCGAGCAGAUCAUCGAGACAAAACGAAGUCAAAGCUUGCAAAGUCAAGACAGCCUUCGCAAGAUGCCCCGACUGCCCAGCCUCAACCCACAGGGUGUCAAGAACCUGUGGAUCCGGACGGCUCUAUUUGAGAAGGUGCUGGACAAGAUUGUCCUUUACUUGGUGGAGAACAGCAGUAAAUACUACGAGAAAGAGGCUGUUCUUAUGGACCCUGUGGACGGACCUAUCCUUGCCUCUUUGUUAGUUGGACCCUGUGCAUUGGAGUACACAAAGAUGAAGACAGCCGACCACUUCUGGACAGACCCGUCUGCUGACGAGUUGGUGCAAAGACAUCGUAUCCAUGGUGGCCACUGCAGACAGGAUUCUCCCACUAAGAGGCCUGCACUGUGUAUCCAGAAGCGGCACUCCAGCAGCAGCAUGGAUGAACGCCCUUCCCCCUCGCCAUCGGCUCGUGAAUAUGUGGAGUCGCUGCAUCAAAACAGCAGGGUGACCCUACUGUUUGGCAAAAACAAUGUGCUCGUACAACCGAGGGACGACAUGGAGGCAAUCCCAGGUUACCUCUCUCUGCACCAGAAUGCUGACCUCAUGACACUGAAGUGGACGCCCAAUCAGCUCAUGAAUGGCUCUGUUGGAGACUUAGACUACGAACGCAGUGUAUACUGGGACUAUGCCAUGACAAUCCCUCUAGGGGAGAUUGUUUACUUGCACUGUCAUCAACAAGUUGACAGUGGGGGCACGGUGGUGCUGGUCAGUCAGGAUGGGAUUCAGAGACCUCCAUUUCGCUUCCCAAAAGGAGGCCACUUGCUCCAGUUCCUCUCCUGCCUGGAGAAUGGCCUGCUGCCCCAUGGCCAGCUGGACCCUCCGCUCUGGUCCCAGAGGGGAAAGGGGAAGGUGUUUCCCAAGCUGCGGAAGAGGGUUCCACAGGGAUCUGGAUCCACAGACUCUGUCUCAGAUAAGGAGGAGGACGAGGCCACGGACUAUGUCUUCCGCAUCCUCUUUCCAAACAGCCAGUCGGAGUUUGUGACUCCUCCAGACUUGAUGGAUCAGGGAGCUACAAUGUGGCAUCCCACUCUCAGGAAGUCUUCGUGUUCCUCUUGUUCUCAGGGGAGCUUCUCUGAUGGGGCGACGCCCAAAGGGUGCAACCAUGAGAGGGCUCCUCUGAAGAUGCUGUGCGACAACAUGAAGAAUCAGAUCAUCUCUCGUGCAUUUUAUGGCUGGUUGGCAUACUGCCGUCACCUGUCCACUGUGCGUACACACCUCUCUGCUCUCGUCAAUCACACCAUUGUGGCGCCCGACGUGCCGUGCGAUGCCUACAAAGGGCUCACCACAGACGUGUGGCAGACGUUCCUCCAGGACUGCACAGCAUACGAGGAGAAGGAGCUGCUUCGUCUGGUCUACUUCGGUGGUGUAGACGCCUCGCUGCGUAAAGAGGUGUGGCCGUUCCUGCUGGGUCAUUACCAGUUUGGAAUGUCAGAGGCUGAGAGGAAAGAGGUGGAUGAUCAGGUCAGAGUGUGCUACCAACAGACCAUGCACGAGUGGCUCGGCUGUGAGGAGAUUGUUCGUCAGCGGGAGAAGGAGCAGCAUGCUGUGGCAUUAGCGAAGUGCUCCUCCGGGGCGAGCAUAGACAGUCAGAAGAUGAUCCACCACAGCUCCACUGUUAGCAAUGAGUCCUCCCAGAGCUCAGACAGACAGAGUCUGGCUCGCCUGCAGAGUGACUCAAGCAGCAGCACACAGUUCUUCACAUCCUCCCAUCCCUUCCCCUGGAGUAGCCUGCUUCCCUUUGGCUUGUUCUUUCAGGUGUUUGAGUCGGUAGAGGAGGUUGACCAGAUCGAGACGGAGCCCAAGAGCGAGGAGGCCAAACAGGUGCCAAAGAUACCCAAUGGUGCUCUGCAGAACGGGACAAGCUCUCCUGACUCCGGACAUCCCUCCUCACGCAACUUCUCAGUCACCUCCGGCCUGUCGGACGGCUCGCUCAGCACGGAGGACAGCGCUGCACCAGAUACAAUCCCAAAAGUUGCAGCAGUCAAACCAACAGGGGUAGAGAGUGGAGGUCUGACAGAGGAGAUGGACAGCCAGGUGAAAGGACAAGUGAAGAAUAAAGAGGAGGAGGAAGCACCUGAUGUGAUCAAAAUGGCAGAAACUACUGAAGAGCUGAUGAAAGCCGAGGAAGAGACAAGUCUGCCACCAAAAACACAAGAAACUGUUGAAGAGUCUGGAGCAAUUAAAACAGAGUGGCCCAAGUGUGAAGAUAAAGAUGCACUGGCAGACAUUAAAGGAAUUAAAUCUUUAGAGGAAACAGAAAAAGAAGUGCUUGAUGAGGGUACUGUGACGGUAUCAGCAGCUGCAACUGAAUCAAAAGAAGAACUUGUUCAGCAAAGUCUUAAAAAAGAAGUAGAAGUUAGUAUUGAUGAAAUGUCAAAGCUUAAGAAAACUGCAGAAACAAAUGUGGAAAAGACGAAGCAAAUGGACGAAUCAAAGACACGUAAACCACAAGAGGUUUUAUUGGCAGAAAAGAGAGAAAAUAUAUCCGUUGAUCCUGUGGCUUCCGUUGAAAAGAACCUGGUUCUCUCAGCAGACAUCGGGGGGGCGAGAGCACGAGAGCCCUUCUUUAUCUCUCAGACAGAUGAGGCUCAGGUCAUGACUGAAUCUGACGAAUCUCCUUCAGCCAUAGAGAUGGAGGAGAUCCCCAAAGCCAAAGUUUCCAUGGUGCCUUGGAACAGGAAGGGACGUUGUGAUACAUCAUCUUUCUCGGAGGACUCGGUGCCCCACAUGGAGCUCAGGCAGGAGGAGGAGCGGGGGAAGCCCAGUCCAGAGAGCACAAAGUCCAUCCUGUGUGAGGAGCCAGAGAUGGAGAGCCUUUACCCUAACUUUGACUCUCUGGCUGGGUCUGAAGACACUAAGACUGAAGCCACUUCUCAAGAAUCUGCUGGGAGUACCUUCUCUCAAGAGCUUUUGGACUUGUACACAUUAAAUCUGCACCGCAUUGAAAAGGAUGUCCAGCGCUGUGACCGAAACUAUUGGUACUUCACUCCUGCCAACCUGGAGAAAUUGCGCAACAUCAUGUGCAGCUAUAUCUGGAGGCACCUUGACAUCGGUUACGUGCAGGGCAUGUGUGAUCUGCUGGCUCCACUCCUAGUCAUUCUGGAUGAUGAGGCCAUGGCCUUCAGCUGUUUCACUGAGCUCAUGAAGAGAAUGAAUCAAAACUUUCCACAUGGAGGAGCUAUGGAUACUCACUUUGCCAACAUGCGCUCUCUAAUCCAGAUCCUGGAUUCUGAGCUGUUUGAGCUAAUGCACCAGAAUGGAGACUACACCCACUUCUACUUCUGCUACCGCUGGUUUCUCUUAGACUUCAAGCGAGAGCUGGUGUACGAUGACGUGUUUGCUGUGUGGGAAACCAUCUGGGCAGCCAAGUAUGUCUCUUCUAGUCACUUUGUCCUCUUCAUCGCCCUGGCGUUGGUGGAGAUCUACAGGGACAUCAUCCUGGAGAACAACAUGGACUUCACUGACAUUAUUAAAUUCUUUAACGAAAUGGCUGAGCACCACAAGAUAACACAGAUUUUGACCCUGGCCAGAGAUCUGGUGUGCAAGGUGCAGAUGCUGAUAGAGAACAAGUGAUGGUGCUGUUUGUCUUCUUUUUCCUUCCAAGUAAAGUGUGACCGGCUGUAGCAGCGCAAGACUAAAAUACAUCUGAGCAAACCCACACACACACAUAUACACACACAUAACACAAAGCCUUUACAAUCACAGUUUGCUGCUAUGAGCCUUACUGACCGUAUCCACAGUGUCGUUUGUGUUGUCAACAGGUGUAUGAGAAUAUUAUGCUUCGUAUUUGUCAGUAUGUUCAAGUGAAAACAAAUAUGUAUCUGAAAAAGCAUUUCUCUAAUUUCUAAAUAUUUUGUCAGAAAUCCCUCAAGUGUCGAUCUUAACCCGAGUGCACUUAAUAUUUUGAGACAAGGAUGGUCUUAGUUGCACACUUCAAACCAAAAGGCAGAGCUGAAAUCCACCAGAGACUAUAUUUAUGAGAAAAAUACAUUGUGAUAAUAGUUUAUAAUAAUUAUUUUAAUAGUCAGAGUGUACGAGAUUAACCUUAAAUAUAUAUAAGUAUAAGUUAUCCCCCUCGUCCUACCCCUUAAUGACGGAAAGAACAUCAGCAGACUUUGAAUUUUCUUUAAAUACAACAACUUAAAAUUAAGCUACUUUUCACUGAUGACUGAUCCAGAACACUGACUUAUAGUCUAAAAUGUAACUUAACCUCCACUUCUGUUUAACACACAUUAAGAAUAAUUUAGCUUUUAGCACCAUGUCAGUGAUUUAGCAUCCAACAGUGUUUUUAAUGUUUUGAUUGAGCUGCCUUGUCUGCCAAAUAUCGUCUUUAUUUGUUAUGUGUGAAUCGUACUGUACUGAGAGAAACGUGUGUUUAUUAAAGGAUUAUAUUAUGUAAUUCAUAACCGAAUAUUUAAGUGACUUACGGAUGUCUGGGCGCAGAUUUAUAUAAAGCAACAAGCCUGAUUUGAUAGUCUCCAGUUAUUUUUCAUUAUCCAGUGAACCACUGUAUAUUUUGUAAAUUGUGCAGUUUACUCACCUUGACUUUUGUCGCGUAUCGUCCGACGCCUGUUUGUUGAAUUAAAAGUUAAUUUCAGCUUGAAUAUGAUUGUGAAUCAGGAAGAUGAGACGAGGCAGUGAAAAUAUUUUAGUCACAGUGACCAAAUGAAAAGUUUUGUGGUGCCACAUUAUAAAGAUUCUUUAUUGUGAGAGUGACUCGGACAGAGACAUGGAAAUGAAAGGUACAGAUGAUGUUAUGAGAGAAACAGUUUGAUGUUUUGGCAGAUGUGGGGCUUGUGAGGACAUACAUGAUACAGUAUAUGAUUUAAACACAUAAAUUAUUACUAAUUUACCAACAUCCAUGCGUGUCAUUCAUCACCUAAAUCGUCACUCAGUUGGUCAAGUGUUGUUCCAUGAAUGUGGUAGGAUGAUUUGCUUUUAAUAUUGGUGUUUCUUUGUGAAUGCUAACUGUCUGAAAACCUAUUUUUUAAUUUAUUGUAACAUUUAUUUGGUAUUUAUUUAUUUAUUCAUUCAUUUUCUCGUUCAGAUGCUGCUUCGUUUGUAAAGCUGAUAUUUUUAUUUUGUGGCCAGUUCUAAAUGUUGUAAAACAAUCAAAUUCUAUACCAAGAGUUCAUAUAUAAAUAUAUAUAUAUAUAUUAAAUGGUAUAUGUUCUUAUAAUAAAACAAUAAAAAUGGAAGCA